AGAAAACCAGAAAUUUCUUCACGAAGAGAGAAAAUGGAAGUGAAAGUAAAGAUGAAAGGGAAAUUGAUCGUCAUUUUUAUGCUACAUGCUAUUUUCUCUCUCCUCAUAUUACUAUUACUUCUACCUUCUUCUUUUUCUGCUCGUUUAAUCGUCGAUGAACCUUUUGAUGUUCGCCAGCAUCUCUCCACCGUUUCCAGAUAUGGAGUUGUGAAAGAUUUGGUGGAUAAUUCAUUUGUACCGGCGAAUAUACCUGAUACUUGUACACCAAUUCAUCUUAAUCUUGUGGCGAGGCAUGGAACAAGAGCCCCUACUAAGAAACGAAUGAAGGAAAUGGAAAGGCUAGCCAUUUCACUACAAGCACUCAUAGAAGAUGCAAAAGAACGCAAACUGUCUUUAGAUAAUGUUCCUGCUUGGUUAUUUGACUGGACGUCUCCAUGGAAAGGAAAGGUGAAAGGAGGAGAAUUGAUUGUCAAAGGAGAAGAUGAACUCUAUGAUCUUGGAAUCAGGAUUCGAGAAAAAUUUCCAGAUCUGCUAAAUGAUGAAUACCACCCCGAUGUGUAUACCAUCAAAGCAACUCAGGUUCCUCGGGCGUCUGCUAGUGCUGUGGCAUUUGCGAUGGGGCUGUUUAGCGGAAGAGGAAGCCUUGGGCCUGGGAAACAUCGUGCUUUUGCUGUUAGUACUGAGAGUCGUGCAAGUGACUUAUUGCUGAGGUUUUUUGAUACCUGCCAAAGUUACAAGAACUACAGGAAAAGUGAGGAACCUGCAGUUGAAAAACUUAAGGAACCUAUUUUUGACGAAAUCACCCAUGCUUUGUCUGGACGUUCAGGAUUGAAUUUCACCAGACAAGAUAUAUCUUCUCUCUGGUUCUUAUGCAAGCAGGAAGCGUCAUUACUAGACAUAACCAAUCAGGCUUGUGGGCUUUUUAACCCGACUGAGCUGGCUCUGCUGGAAUGGACAGAUGAUCUGGAGGUGUUUGUGUUGAAAGGGUAUGGAAAAUCUGUGAACUACAAGAUGGGAUUGCCUUUGCUGAAAGAUGUAGUUGAGUCUAUGGAGCUUGCUGUCAAGUCUAAUGAAGAAGCACUGCCUAGUGGGAGUUAUGAGAAAGCACGGCUUCGAUUCGCUCAUGCAGAAACUGUGGUUCCAUUCUCAUGUCUGCUUGGUCUCUUUCUUCAAGGCUCUGAAUAUAAUCUUAUACUGAAGGAAAAACCAUUGGAACUCCCUCCAAAGCCUCCCAAGAGGCGAGCUUGGAGGGGAAGUGCUGUGGCUCCAUUUGCUGGGAACAAUAUGCUUGUACUUUAUAGCUGUCCAGCCAGAAAAUCAAGCAAGUAUUUUGUUCAAGUACUGCAUAAUGAGCAUCCAGUACCUUUACCUGGCUGUGACAACUCUGACUUUUGUCCAUUCGAAGUUUUUAAGGAAAGGAUACUUGAGCCUCAUAUGAAACACGAUUAUCAUGCUAUAUGCAGAGUGAAGGAAGAAGCAGCACCAGUGGCUGCAUCCAGUAAGUUAUCAUCGUUGUUUUUUUGGCUGUUUUCUUGGCAUAGUGAAGGAAAGGAGUCUGACAAUGUUGAUCUGUAAUGGGCUCCAUCCAUAAACAUUGGGUAUUGCCUAUUGUUUCAUUUGAUUCAAUACUCCAUUCUGAGCUACUCACCACUUGAUUUUCAGCCACUGAAUCAGUGUAGCAGAGUUCUUUUUUGGUUGAUCAUUCUGCUGCAUUGUAUAUAUGAGCAUGGAUAUGGAAACAAUCCUUUGAUAAGAAACCUUCACUGUGCUGUGCUGAGAGAAAAGACUGAAGGUCUUAACGUCAUGUAGGUGGAUUUUUUCGUCUUUCUCACUUGCAAAGUGAUUUACCUGGUGAAAUGGGGGAAUGACUUUUUUUUUAUAAUUUAUUCUCCUAGAAUUAGAUGUAUUUAACUUGUACUAUCUUUUGAUUUAGUGAAUAUUAAUCUUAUUACCCAAGUUCACUUCUUUUUAGUUACUGUAAUCAGAAUUUCCUUUUCAUUUCA